AUGUCUCCAAGUGCAGUUGACAACCACACGGAUGAUGUUCCGGUGUUGGCCAAGUCACUCCAAGCCCCCUCAACGGAGGCCGACUUCUCCACCUUUCGGUCCCUCGUGCCGUUGGUAGCAGACGACAAGAUCACAUACCUCAACGCUUCCUACCAACCCCCCUCAAACCUCAUCAUCCACGGCGCCAUCACCAAAUUCUCUUCUGAGGGCCUCUACUCCGCCCACCCCAAGCCCCAAUGGCAAUCUGCCGUCGAGGAGACCCGCGAAUUGGUCGGCCGCUACAUCAAUGCCGACCCCUCCUCCAUCGCCUUCACCCGCGACACCACCGAGGGCCUGAACUCCUUCGCCCGCAGUCUCAAGUUCACACCCGGCGACAACGUCGUCGUGCUCGACUCGGAACAUCCGAACCAUGUGUACGGCUGGAUGGCCCUGCGCACCGCCGGCCUUGAAGUCAGACAGGUGCCCACGAUACCCGAGGCAGAGAAGAGUGGCAAAGUCACUGCAGCCAACACGGCGACAUUCGCGCCGUACGUGGACGAGCGCACUCGCGCUAUUGGAAUCAGCUCCAUCAUGUUCCACAGCGGCCAGUGGAACGACGUCGCUGACAUCUGCAAGGCCUACAGGCCCCGCGGCAUCCACGUCCUCGCCGAUCUGACGCAGCAGGUUGGCUUCGCUGAAGUCGACGUUAAAGCUUUGGGCGUUUCCGCAGCGGCGUUUAGUCUGCACAAGGGCCUUAACAACCCCACUGGCUUUGCGGCGUUCUACGUGGAUCCAGCGGUGAUCACAGAGAUGGAUCCGACGCCGCCGAUUGUCGGAUACGGGGCCGUCAGCAACGUUCGCGCUGACUUGCUGGUUCCCAGCGAGUCUUUGGUGUAUCACCCCACGGCCCGUCGGUAUGAGCACUUGAACUUGAGCUUGGUUGCCGCGGCAUCUGCCAAGGCGUUCCUGACGUUUUACCUCGACUCCAUGGGCCCGAGGCGCGUUCAAGAACAUCUCUACAGCCUCGGGGAUGUUUUGCGUGAAGGAUGCAAGGAUAUUGGCAUCAAGAUUGUCGGGCCUACCAGCCGGAAGGAGCACGCGCCUCACCUCUACAUUCUCGAUCUGCAUGACCCGCGGUGGAUGGAGCUGCUGAAGGAUCAUGGAGUACUUGUUACACCGUACCGUCUGGGUAUUAGAGUGUCAUUUGGCUUCUACAAUAACUCAUCAGAUGUUAAGAAGCUUAUUAGCAUACUAAAGACCGGCGUAGAGUCAGGCCUUCCUAUUUAA